UGAACUCUGACACGCUUGACCAAACAGCAGUGAGUCUGUAAGAGGGAAAGAGACGGGAUUCGGAGAGAAAGAGGGGAAAAAGAAUAAAAAUACAGAGAACUUUGUUUACUUUGACACUGGAAGGUUCUUAUUUCAGUCAGAAGAACCAAAAGCCUCUCAAUGUGGAUCCAGGACGAGCACAGCGGACGUGUCUUCUCUACAAGGCCCCAGUCUCAGAGUGGACCACGGAGCUACUCUCGUCCCUUCCACCGUGUCCGCCGCUCUGGGAGAUGCAUCUUCAACAAUGCCUGGUUGUCCAGCUCACGAGGCUGGACUCAGGAGAGCAAGGCACCUUCCUGUUACUUCUCCUUUGUCAGCAGAGCUGUGCUAUGGAACAGAGGAACCCACCAUCAUACGGACGUCCUCCACAAGCAGGGACCUCCGCCCCUGUGUUCACGGUUUGAGGCUCAUAUGAGGGCCCAUCCUGGACCAGCCCGGCCCCCAUGUUUCCUGAGCAGGCUACCCCAGCCAAGACUCCCUCAGCUACUGCACAAAGGGAAGCCCCUCAGCGCUCCAAGAGCAGCAACUAGGACCGAAACCCAGAGACGCUUGCAGUGCCUGAGCGAUUACACUAGGAGGCGCUUCGCUGAGGCGCUUCCCAGCGUUCCAGCAUCUCCCAACCCAAGUGUAGCCUCUCCAGACCCUCCCUUCUGCCCAACACCACCUGCCCAAUCAGGGACAAACCCAGAGGAGUCCCUGUGUGUCUCUUCUAACCCGUCUACCCCAACAAGGCACGAAAAAGUCAGUGACGUUCCUUUGGCAGGACUUUCCUCUCCACAUCUUGACUGUGAGGACUAUGAAGAGCCUGAAGGUGAAAUGGUGACCCCACUGACAAUGACUCCUGAACCCCCAGCAACCCCCAUGACCCCAAGUUCGCUUUCUGACUUCAGUCGUCCUGCGUCCAGUCAGUUCAGCUUUAGAACUGACCUAAGCAGCAGCCUUUCCAAUGCACACUCAGUGAACCUGAGUGAUAUUGACGCUGACAAUGAUGGUGACGUUGGAGAUAAAGACGAUGAUGGCAACAGUGAUGACCUAGAGGCCUGCUCUUCCUCCCUGUCUGAGCUUCGCUUCAGCUCAUUCAUUGGCUCAGCCUUGACCUCCUCCACCCCACCGAUAUCUCCUGAAUGCUGUCUCUCCAGAUCGCUCACCUCUCCCAGCCCAGAAACAUCAUCCACUUGCUUUCCAGACAACUCAAAGUAUGACCAUAUAAUCCAUGGCCCAAACCUUCCACUGAGACAAGCCAGUAUAGACAAAGGUUCAAGCCCCCGUCACACAACUCCAGAAGCUCAGUCCAGAAUGGCACCUGCUUCUCCAGUGGAGGCUUGUUCUGAUUGGAGCGCCUUCCACUGGCCAGUACUUCCACCAAUCGCAUCUCAGAGAGGCGACACAGAGACGGGAGCAUCUCUCAGCUCCCCAUUCAGCCGCUCUGAGUCAGACAUGUUCGCUGAGCUGGAGGCUGUGGCCCCCAGGACUGGGUCCUGUCUGUCUCUGGACCACCCUGACUGCAGCGACACUGACCCCACCUCGCCAACCACAGAUGUGAGUCCUGGUCUGGCUGCUCUGACCAUUGGCUGUGAUUCAGGUGACCUAGGCUCACUGUCCCGUGUCCAGCUCCUGCUACUGGAGCGCAGAGCGUCGGAGGAGGAGCCGGAAUCCCCCCCGAGGCCGGACUGGAGCAGCCCGCUUGGGCGAAGGGCCCAUUAUGAGGCUGGCCUUCAAGUGUGGAGUGUGGGCAUUCCCCAGCAUUAUCAGGCCACAGGUACAGACUGUAUCAUACGGUCUGCCUCGCAACACCUGCCUAGCGCAGAGGAGGACAUGGGAGACUGA